AUGGCGGUUCCUAAAAAUAAACGAAGUAAAUCAAAAAUAAAACAGAGGACAAACAUUAUUUUUUUCGAUCAACUUUGUGGAAACUGGAGACGAAGAAGAGAGUGGUUUUACAGAAGAUUAUCUAUUGAAAAGUUCUUACCGCCUAAUCCUGAAGGAAACUUCGGAGCGAAUAGACCCGUUUUAUUCCCAGGAUUCUGGUCCAGUUUUGUCGCUAAUUCCCUGAAUUUACUCAAAAGGACUCCCAAGUGA